AUGGCCGCGAGGAGGGAUCACGGCACAGAGCAUGCAUAUACCGUACAAUAAUUCGGUUGUGCGUGGAAUAUCGAGAUUCAAAGAUUUGUAAGGGUUAAUUGAUACAAAAGCGCGCACGUGAUCGCCUUAAAGGGGGGGGGGGGGGGGGAGGUGGGCGGGGGUGAUCUCUGUGAUAAACACCCGAAAGAGAAAAACGAUACGAAAGUAUAUCUAACGAAGGUAUGCGUAGUGAUCAUUGUGGCAUUACAAUAAUGUGCGUGCGGUUAAAUUAGCGGGUAGAAAGUAAACGACAUCGUCGUCGCCCCUUGUCAUCGGAAACUUAGAGGAAGGCGGAGAAGAUAUAAUAAUUGCAGUCGAAUAACAAUCGAGUAGGUCGUGGCGUUGCUGAGUGGCAGGGCAAGCAGGUAGCUACGUGUGUUGGUCAUCGAGUGUGUGGAUCUUGGAUACAACAAUAUGGCGGCUAACCUGGAAGAGGAGCAGAGUUUGCGGGAGUGCGAGGAGUACGUUCAACGACACAACAUUCAGCAGGUUCUGAAGGACUGCAUCGUCCAACUGUGCGUCGGUAGGCCUGAGAACCCAGUCUCAUUCCUACGCGAGUAUUUCCAAAAACUCGAAAGGGAACAAGCACACGAUGCAAAACAGCAGAGCGCGACGAGUCCUGAGGACACGGAAGAUAUGCCGGCCGGUCAACAGGGGCCGCAGGUGCCUCGACGCCGAGGAGGAAUUUCAGCAGAGCCGGUAUCAGAAGAGGAUGCGACCAGCUACGUUAAGAAGGUGGUACCAAAGGACUACAAAACUAUGGCUGCCUUGAGUAAAGCAAUUGCAAAAAACGUACUCUUCGCUCAUUUGGACGAGAACGAGAGAUCGGAUAUAUUCGACGCGAUGUUUCCCGUCACGUUUUUACCUGGCGAGCCAAUCAUACGCCAAGGAGACGAAGGGGACAAUUUUUACGUAAUUGAUCAAGGCGAGGUCGAGAUAUUUGUCAACAGUGAAUUGGUAACGACGAUAGGCGAAGGCGGCAGUUUUGGAGAACUUGCGCUCAUCAAUGGAACUCCGCGAGCAGCUACAGUUAGAGCAAAAACUAACGUGAAACUUUGGGGCAUCGACAGAGAUUCGUAUCGGAGAAUUCUCAUGGGUUCUACCAUUAGGAAACGCGACAUGUACGAGAAGUUUCUCUCGAGAGUUUCCAUAUUAGAAUCGUUGGACAAAUGGGAAAGGUUAACAGUCGCAGACGCAUUGGAACCCGUAGUUUUCGAUGACGGUGAAACGAUCGUUCGACAAGGUGAACCCGGCGAAGAUUUCUAUAUUAUUGUAGAAGGAAUGGCUGUUGUCCUUCAACAACGUACAGAAGGCGAGGAACCUUCGGAAGUUGGCCGUCUUGGGCCAUCGGACUAUUUUGGAGAGAUUGCGCUUCUAUUGGACAGGCCGAGAGCGGCCACUGUAGUUGCUACAGGGCCGUUGAAGUGUGUCAAAUUAGAUAGAGCACGGUUUGAACGUGUAUUAGGUCUCUGCGCCGAUAUUUUAAAACGCAACAUCACCCAAUAUAACAGCUUCGUGUCCCUUUCCGUAUAGCUGUCUCGCCGUUAUCUCAAAUAAUAAAAAAUCGCGUCGCGCCAUCCUCCCCUUGUAUACAACAAUCUACAACAAUACACCCUGACCGUUAAGAUUUAUUAUUUCAUUAAUAUUAUAUUUUAAUUAUUAUUAUUGUAUUAUAUACCAUCUAUUACUAAUAUAUUCAUAUUAUAUAAUAUUAGAAUCUCUACACAUAUAAAUAAAAUUGAAUGAUGAUUAAUACACAUUACGAAGAUAAUAUGUGUACUGUGUUGAUAAUAUGUUACACCAUAGACAUCACUGUACGUAAAUACCUUCAAAUUUCAAUUUACGUACAUGGAGGUUUUUCUUAUGUAUCGUGUUUAUUUCACUAUUAGAAAACGACGUUAAGGGUAACAGUAGAAAAUUCAAAACCUUGCAUCUAGAACCAUGUAUCGAUAACGUAAUGUAAAAAAUUGCAUCUUUCUAAAUGUUUGGAAAAAAACAACGAAAAGAUGUUCUUGAAAAAAAUUUUCCUGAUCAUUUUCGAAUUAGCGGAUGAACAAGAAAACUUCACAAUUAUAACACAAACAAAAAAUAGUACGUCGUAUAUUAAGGGCGGGAAGCGAGUGAUGACACGAAUGCGAUUUUCAGGAGGCCGUGGUGCGCGGCGGAGGGUCUCCUCCGAGGCUCAGUUAAAAAUCGCACAAUCAACGGCAAUCACUUUCCGCCCACGGUACACGCGAUACUUUUCAACCGUAACCCGCAUUGAAAGUUUGCCUUUGAGUGCACAAUCGUUCCUUAUCACGCAAUACCUACUCGAUUUUGCGCCAAGUAUCCGGGGAAGCGGGCGCAAAGUAUGCUUCUGCGCCCGCGCGCUUACGAUAUUUCGCGCCCACCUAUUCGUUUCCGGACGAGAAGAAGACACUUUCGCCCCACUUUACAUGGACGAAAAGUAAUACUUUCGGUGCAAGUUUAACAAAAAAUACUCCAGCCUGUCCACAAUGUUUCUUUACUUUUUGUUUACGAAUAGUUUAUAACAGUAGAUUUCGUAAUAAUAAAUAUAUGUUUCAGUAAUAAUAAUAAUAAUACUGAUGAGAAAACAGCAGGUAACACUACAGAAUGAAUCAAAGACGAGAGAUUAAUAGAAAAAUCUGAGGUAAAAAUAAUUUAUUAUGUAAACGAUAUUAGAUGGGCAAUGUAUUGUACAUUGAGGUAUGUAUGCCGUAAUUAUGUCAUCUAUGCAACAAAUAUUUACCACCUUAAUGUUUGAUUUAUGUGUGAUUGGAAAAUAUUUCAUGUGCAUCAUUUUCUCGAUGCACACAAGUGUUAUUUACGAUCAAUUUCUAUACAUACGUGAAUGCAAUAAAUCCACGAUGACGUUCUGCCUUUUCUUCCCUCGUUUACUUUCAUACUUGCGUUCUCUCUCUAUCACUAUCUCUCACACCCUCUUAUUCUCACUUUCUUUUCAUUAACUCUUUUAAAAUGUUGUCGAUCCAAUCAAUACACAUAUAACAUCAUACAUACAUACAUAUAUAAAUAUAUCGGAAACAAUGAAUAGUGUAU